AAAGUCUCUUUGGAUUUUGGAAAGAAGUCAGAAGAACUGUCGUAAAAAUAUUCACGUCUUGUGCGGAAGCAUUAAAAUUUAAUUAAACACAAACCAAAUAUAAAUUUUCAAUAAAUAAUGGCGUGUAAUGCAAGCAAAGUACCAUUCCUGCGUGUUGUCGCUAAACGUGGGUACGCCGCACAAGCCAGCCCCCGACCACUUGGCAAAGCUUCCGAAGUGCAUUCGGCUGUUCUUCCCAACAAAGUUGUUGUUGCCACUGCUGAAAGUUCACUCCCAGUUACAAGGGUGUCAGUAGUUUUCCGUGCUGGAUCCCGGAACGAAACCUAUGAGAGCACUGGAGCCAACCAUAUCAUCCGUAUCGCUGCUGGCCUAACAACAAAGUACAGGACUGGCUUUUCCAUCACCAGGCACUUGCAGCAAAUCGGUGGAAGCUUGACCGCUUCCUCAGACAGGGAAUUGCUGACCUACACCAUCGAGACAACCAGCGACCAGCAGGAAGUUGGAUUGAAGCUAUUGCAGGACAUCAUUCAGCCCGCAUUUAAGCCAUGGGAAAUCAGUGAUGUUACUCCACGCAUCAAGACCCAAAUUGCUGCCGUGCCACCACAAAUUCGUGCUGUAGAGCUUCUGCAUAAGGCCGCUUUCCGUACAGGACUCGGCAACUCAUUGUACAUCCCCAAGCACAAAAUUGGCAAGAUUUCCAGUGAAACCUUGUUGCACUAUGUUGCUAACACCUGCACCGCUGGACGUUGUGCCGUCGUUGGUGUUGGCAUCGACCAGAACACCCUCUCCGGAUUCGCUCAGAGUUUGGAGUUGGGAUCUGGCAGUGGCAAGGAUGCUCCUUCAAAGUACCAAAGUGGAGAGAUCCGCAAGGAGAAGGGAGGAGAUCGCGCAUGCGUCGCUGUUGCUGGUGAAGCUGCUUUCGCCAAUCCCCAGGAAGCCCUCGCCUAUGCAGUUUUAGAACGUGCAAUGGCUCCACAACCCGCUGUCAAAUGGGGCAACACCAACGGCAGUCUAGCCAAGGCCGCAGCCUCCGCUGCUGGCAGCACUCCAGUUGGUAUUAGUGCUUUGAAUGCUACCUACUCCGAUGGUGGUUUGUUCGGUUUCGUUGUAUCCGGAGAAGCUGGAGUCAUCGGAAAGGCCGUUGAAGCUGCUGCUAAAGUAUUGAAGGCUGGUGUUGUAUCAGCUGAUGAUGUUAACCGUGGCAAGGCCAUUCUUAAAGCCGACGUUUUGGAAGCCUAUGGCACCGAUGCCGGUUUGAUCGCCACCCUUGGAAGCCAAGCUGCCCUCCAACAAUCAGUACAAAGCGUUGAUAACAUGCUUUCUGCCAUUGAUUCCCUUUCCCAAUCUGAUGUUCAAGCUGCUGCCCGCAAAGCUGGUUCCUCAAAACUCUCAGUUGGAGCUAUUGGAAACCUUGUGAAUGUACCCUAUGCAUCUGAUUUAUCUUAAAUCUUAUAACAGAAAAAAAAAAUAAUUAAAUAAAACGAGGAUAAAAAGUUUAUCAUUCGAUUAACCUAAUUUUAAUUUGUAUUUAAAAAUCCGAUGUAGCAAAAACGAGUCUAUUGUAUUCAGUACAAUAAUUGAUUUGGCUUAAAUAGGUCAAAUAUAUAAAUAAACAACUUCAAAACAGGA